AUGCCCAUCGAUAAAAAGAAACGUAAUUUCAUCAUCACUCCCAAUCAAUUUUAUUCCGAAUUGAGUGAAGACACUUUUCGUAAACUUUGUAUCAAGGAUGUCAGCAAAAAGUUGUCCUAUCCAAUUUAUUUGGACUUUUCGAAUGAUAAAUUUCAGAUCAAUUCGGUGCAGGCAUUGAGAAUUAUGAAAACUUCCUGUGUGAAGGAAUUGGAUAUUAGCAAAAACCGAUUUAAAGAAAUUGACAAAACCUUUGAAAUGUUCACUCGUUUGAAACGUCUCUAUGCCUCUCAUAAUGAAAUUCACAAAUGUCUCUUUAGUAAUGUUCACUCACAUCUUGUACUUUUAGAUUUGAGUCACAACUCGCUCUCUUCUGUUCCAGAAUCCUUGUCUCAAUUGGUGAAUUUGGAAUUUCUCGACAUGUCAUAUAACAUGAUUUCGAAUGGAACAGAGACGGUGACUCGAUUACGUGGCUGUAUGAAAUUGCGAGAUUUGAAUUUGUCAUUCAAUCAAUUGGAUAUGAAUAAGGAAAAAUUGGACAAUUUUCUUGUGGAAUUGAAGACAAAUUUCAAAAAAUUGAAGAGUGUGAAUUUUGAUUCGAAUCCUUUCGUCAUGAAGUUAAUGAAUUACAGAGCUCUUUUCGUUGCUCGAUUACAAUUGACAAGUUUGGAUGGAAAGGAAAUUUCUAGCAAGGAACGCAAAAAUGCUAGUCAACAAGGAGAUGGAUCUUCCAACUUGAUUCAACCCUUGUUCUUUGAUGAAGUUGGAGAACAACUCAAAGGAACGUCUAGAGGUCUCAUGAAACGAGUUCCAUCUUUCAAUAAUUUAUUUAGUGUUCUUCAAACCAAAGUCGUGGAGGACGAACCAAUUAUUGAAGAACCUGGAAGAAGAGCCACUAUUGUUGAGACCAUUAAGGAACAAACACACUUUGACAAGAUCAAUGAAGUGUUGGAAAAUACUUCACAAAUUUACUUGUUAGUGGCUGGUCAGAAAUUGUUGAGAACUAUGAAACAAUUGUUGUCAAACAUUUCAGACAUUUCCAUGAAGUUGCACGCAGACGAUCCAAAUACCAUUGGACUCAAUGGUUAUGUGAAAUUUAUUGAAUUGUUGAAAGGUUACAUUACACGUGACGAAACACAUACUCUCAAGGAGUGUUUCAUUCGUUGCUUGGUCACUAGUUUUGGUUUCUAUACUCGCACCUUUGACAAUGCUACUCGAGAAGAGGUUCAAGCUCUCACCGAGUUGGGCAAAUUCCUCUUCUGGAACAAUAAUACUGAAAUUUUGAGAACCACCAAUCAGGCACUUCAUCAAUUCAUUUUGUCACAAAGUGGAAAAUUCAAUCAACAACCCAUUGCCAAUUUGUGUACUGUUCUCAAGUAUUUUGAUGACUAUGAUCCUUUGAGUAUUCCAAAAAUCUCAACACCUCAAGAACUCAAUCGUUUGAGCAUGAAAUUGAAACAACCAUUGACAGUGGAUGACCCAACGCAGAGGAGUUCUCCAAGUUAUCUGAUUCCAAACUUUUCUGACACGCGAAGACGUUCCUCCUAUAUUGGACCUGUCAUGGAUGAAGACAUGCCAAGUGCCAACAGUCAAAAACGAAGCAUGCAAAAUAAUGAUGGAAAUGGAAAUUCUCUCCUCGCUACGGCCAAAACUAAGAAACUUCAGGGAAUUACCAAAUUUUACCAAGAGUUCAUGACCAAUCAAUUCAAAUCCUUUUCUUCCAACAUGAAUGACAUUCCAAACGAAAUUUUGCAAUUACAAAUUCAAAGCACUGAUUUGUUGGUCAAGACCUUUAACUUUACAGAUGCCAUGAUUUUGGCCAUGACUGAAUCUGAUUUCUUGGACAAUCUUAUGGACAUUAUUAUCAAGCAACACAAAGAAUUUUUGGAAUCUCCAACCAAACCAACCACUCUGCAACCACAAGUUCAGAAAUAUAUUUUGCUGUUAAAACUGUUCGUGGUCACGUCGGCCUGUGCAGAAAAAUUCUCUGGAAAAAUUAUUACAUUGACCGAACAUUUAACCAAUGCAGUGUAUUUUGUGAAACCAAAGGUCGAUCAACAUGUUAAUGAAGAGGUUGUGACCACAAAUAACAACAACAAUACUUCCUCUCCAUCUUCACCUGCGAGCGGCAACAAAGAAAGCGCAAUUACUGAACAAGUCAUUGAGGCUCUAGUUUCUGGAUAUGGACAAAGUCAUUUUGCAAGCUGUUUGGGAGUUCUUCAAACAGCACUUGCAAGCGUUUGUCAUGUCUCAAAAAUUAAGGAUGAAAUGUUCAAAGAGAAAAAGUUUAUGGAUCUCCUCCUCUCGACUGUAAAGCAUUUCUUUAAUAAUGGUAUCACCACCAUGAAUAUCAAACAAAUUGCUGGAGCUUUAGAGUCUAUUGACACAUUAUUGACAAUUUAUCAUUACAAAAUGGUGAAACAUCAAACACAAUAUGUCACAUCGAGUAGAACUCUGGUAAGAGCAGGUGACAACACUCAAAUGACUGAUGAGUCAUAUCGUUUACAAGGAAUGCAAGUCAUGAUCAAUAUGAAUCAAAUUCAUGACUUACAAGACAUUCUAUUGAGACUUAUUCAAGAAGAAACUCUUCAAACGAUUUUAAUCAAUCCUGUGUUGGGAGUUCCACUGGUCUCUACUGUAUUACAUUUAAUUCAAAUGUUACCGCUUUUGAAUAUUAACAAACAUUUAAAGAUGGUGAAUGAUCCAAAAUAUUGCGCUCUCCUUCAGCAACGUCUCUUGGAAAUGGUCUUGCUAAAUACUAACACAUCGAAUGUCACUUCCACCUUGGAUAAUGAAAACAACUUGUUGUCUGUGUCGAGUUCCCUCGAAUUAAAUCGACUUGCUGCAAGUUGUUUCAUUUCAGUCAUUAGAGAAACAAAUAUCGAAAAGGAUCUCUUGAAAAAAGUUGUCACAUCCAUCAGUACUUUGUCGAGAGAAGCGGGAUAUAGAGGAACAAAACUGAAUCACUCAUUUGAGUUGUCGACAUUGCUUGGAAUUUUGAGCUAUGUGAAAAAGGAAGAACUGUUGUCAGAGUACAAAGAUAUUCUUUUAAUUCAAUUAUUGAAGAUUAUUCAACAGCUAACAGUUGAUUUAUCCACCAAGCAACUAUAUUACAAUCUCAUCGAUCAUUGUAUUCGCUUGUUAAGAGUGUUGCAACCUAUUCCUCCUUCAGAACAAUUAGAUUUCGAACAAUUUGGAAAGCUCUUCAUUCUAAUCACCAAACAAGAGCAACAAAUCGAAAGAGAAAAUCCACAGCUGUAUUCUAUUGAAGCAUUCGAACAAAACGCUUCAUUCAACGGAAUUGGAGUUCAAAUUAGUCAAACCAGUUCAAGAAAUCAAACAUUAACCGUUGAAUCAUUGCCACUCUUUGCCAAUCAGUACAUUAUUCUAUUGAAAUGCAUUUCAGAACUUGAAAUAUCUAGCUUUGUCUGUUUGCGUGUCAUGAUUCGUUUGGCUGGGUCAUUAGAAUCGUUGUCACCUGCAAAAUUGGAGAAGGAAUUCAUGACUGAAGAAAACAAGAGUCGACUUCAAAUGGUGACCGAUCUUCUCAAAAAUAUCAUUUCCUUAGUUUCGAAACCAGUGGUGCCCAAUGAAAACGAACGCCAACUCUCUCAGAAGGAGCUGAAGAAAAUCAGAAGAAAAUCAUUGAGAAAAUCAAUAUCCAUGUCUACUCGUAGUUUCGGAACGAUGGAAACAGUAUUUAAUGCAUCCAAUGAAAUCAAAAAUGCAACAGAUGAUUCUCGGAGAACUUCAUUGAGAAUGAAAAAGAGAUCUUCAUUGAGAGCCAAUCCAGAAGAACUAUCACACCAAAUGAAGCAACCAAACUAUGUUCAAAUGUUAAAUUAUGGCAUGUUCGAUCAAUAUUCUGCAAAUUAUUGGAAUGAAAGAACACUCGAUUUGUCCCGACAAUUGUAUUCGAUGGUCCUUGAUGAUGUGACAUCUGAAUGGUCUGAUGAAUUGAAGAACAAUCCAUUUAAAUUAUUUAAUCCAUUCUUUGUUCAUUCCAAGCAAGAAGAAGCAGCCGCGGAAGAAAAGAAAGAUGAGGAUCUCACUCUCUCUGCAGAUAGUGAUUUGUCCGAUAUUUCCUCAUUGGACAGCGAAGAUGAAGACAAUGGAGCUGAAACUCAAUCAUCACCACACAUUCGAAGAAUUCACAGAAAAUCUGGAACGAAUAAGGAAUUUGUAGAUUUACUGUUGAGAAAGAAGCAGAAAGAUCAAAUGAAACGUGAACAACAACAACAACAUGCCAAUCCUCUAACGACCAUGUGGUCCUUCUAUGAUGACUCGACUCAUUCCUUCUCUGCCAAUGAUUUUUAUCGAUUGGUAUUUUCUGAUGAAUUAUUGCGUGACAAUGUGUAUGAUGUCAUUACCCAAUCCAUUACUUCCACCAAAAUUUCACUCUCACAAUUGCUAUCCGAUAAGGAAUUGAAAUAUUUGUUUAUUGGAACGAUUGGACUUCGAAUGAUUAAUUUGAUGAAACUGAGUGAGUUUGGUGCCUCUCAAAUCAUUCCUCUCAUUCAUCAAGUGUUGAGCAAUACCUUAUUUGGAAGUUACCGUGUGAACAUGUUGAGUGUGAAGAUUUUAACUCAUCUCUUGGAAUCGGUCCUUCAGAAAACUCUCAAUCAAGGAACUGCUCUUCGUAGUGUUGCCAAUAACAAAUCCAAAGCUGAAGCAUGGAAAGAGGUACUUCACAUUAUUGAUCAAAUUUCUCAAAUUAUUCAACAAAUGAAUAAUACGUUGAGAUAUCGAUUGCAAUUCCACUUUUCAAAGACAACUCCAUUCUCGAGUGAUGAGAGACACUUUUUGUAUAAUUAUGUGAAAUUGUGGCACACGAUUGUAAACACCAUUCGAAAUAUUCCAUUCCAUUUAUUGACAGAUGCUAAAGAUUAUGAUCAUGAGCUACUCAAUGAACUCUGUCAGAGUCAAUUAUUAAGUUUUUGGGUGCUUCCAUUACCUGACUUUGCCGUUUUGAUUCGUUUACUGUAUUAUCACUCCAUUACGGAACAUAUCCCAGAUUCUGAUGACACACGAGACAAUACGCUGUUUGGAAAUUUGUAUAGAAUUCAAUAUUUAGAAGAAUUGACCUUACCACUCUAUAGUGUGACAUCAGACAAGCAAGAAUUUUCUGGAAUUUCUCUCUCAAAUCCUCACGCGCAAUACAUGAAUCAAAAACGCAAGUUGACCAUGUUAUUAACAGAAAUUUGCGGAGUCUACAUGAGAUUUGAUCGUUUCAAUUUGUACAACAUGCUCGAUUUCAUUGUCCGAUUGUCUCCUUUCACAAACGACUCUGGCAGCAAUGUUGAGAGUUCCAAUUCCUAUUACAGUGUCAUUAACACUCCAUCUUUCAGAAAUUCACUUCUCGAACAAAUUUUGAUAGAAGAAUCUCUAGUGAGAAAAAGUUACUUGUUGAGUAAGAGUUUGAAAUCUGGUGAUGUUGUGGCCUAUGAUCGAUGCACGGUGAAUCAUCAACCAUGCAUCUUGGUCUUAUUCGAAAAGAAAAUUGGAAUUUAUUCCUUUACUGAAAAUGUGAAUACUGGAAAAAUGUUUUUAUCGGAAACCUCAAUCAUGAACUUGUCACAAAUUGAAUCCGUGAGUUUAGCAUCACCUUAUACUGGAAAAUAUCUUGCCCUUAAAACAUCCAAAGAAUCUCUUUUCAUUCAAUUCAGUAAUGACACAUUUUGUGCCAAAUUGAUUUCACAAAUUCACAACAAGAUCAAUUCUUUGGAUAUUUCUAUUGAUUGGAGAUUAUUCAAAGGUUUACAAACAAUGUUCGCAUCAGGUGUGGAUGAACAAUUACUAUUUUUCAGUGAAGUAUUAUUGGACCUGGGCAAGGGAGGAGGAGAACAGAAAUGUUGCAUCGCUCUUUCCAAUUAUGCCAUUUACUUUAUACAUGAGAAAAUUUCAACUGAACUCAAAAUUGUGAAUUCCAAAAAUGUCUCAAAUUUCACACAAGAGAAGUUGGAUUGUACUUCAUUCAUUGAAAAGAUUUGUCAAUUUGAAAUUAAUGAAUUAUGGAUUGAUUACAAAUCGGUGCAACAAACCACACCAACGACCAAAGUGAAAUUGAAUAAGACUUUGGAAGAACAUUCCAAAACGUCACCAAAAAAGGAAAGUAUUUAUUUCACCUUCCCAAGUGAUUUUGCCAAGAUUUCAUUCAUUGCUAAUCUUUCUGCCUAUCAAUCCUCUUAUCAAUCUUUGCAAGCUUAG